AACCCUUCAUCGACGGAGCAAUGCUGUCAACAGCCAUAUUGUUCUGGGCGUUUCCGGUGCUGAACGAGGCCACCUUGUAUCACGUGAUCUCCUUAUCUCCCAGUUCUUUGGCGGAAUAAUCACACCAGUUCAUGGAAUAAAGUAGCACAAGAUGACAAAGCAAUGAUUAGCUUUCUGAUCCAUCAUUAUGUUGACAUGUUCUCUAAGCAUAGAGCCCCCUGUAUUACACAAUAGAAAAAAUAAUUUGUUUACUUAAAAAUGUGAAGCUAAAUCUUACCUGAAAGGACUUUCUGUGGUCUGUGCUGUUUUUGUUCUAGAAAAAUGGAUUACCAGAUCAACAGCUCAAAACUUUUUCACAAGUAUGAAUGAACUAUGGCGCCACUGAACAACGUCACCGGUAACCUGACCCAAAUCAUCUCCUCUUUGUUUAUUUACACUCAGAUCGAGGCUCGCUUUCUUGUGUACUACCACGUUGAGAUCGUGCUCAGUGUCGUCACGGUACUGACCAACAUCACCACCCUCGCUGUCAUCAGCUGCAACUCCAAGCUGAGGAUCCUCUCCAACGUUUUCUUCGCCUCCCUAGCCGUGUGCGACGUGUUCCAAGGAAUCUUCGGCCUCAUCUUCAACGGGAUCAGAAUCUACGGCUGCGUCACCAACGACUGGAGCGACCUGGGAUACGCUGGCUCGUCUGCUCUACAGUUUCUCUGGUGGUUCGCGACUAUUUACAGCUACGGCUGUUUGAUUCUAAUCACGCUGGAGAGAUGGAUAUUCAUAGCUCAUCCGCUGGUCUACAAGAGAAGCUGGAAUGUUAAAGUAACAGUUUUAGGGUUGCUGGGUUUUUCGGUUGCUUCUUUCGCAGGCAGCUACAUCGCGAUAAGUAGAGGAUUAUUCUCCGCCAACAUCAAGUACGUAUUUCCGGUUGCCCACACCGUGGUCAGUUUCGUCAUCUUCUCCGCCUACGUCCACAUCAUCGUCAUCUCUUACCGUCAACAAAGAGCCAUCCUCAGACUGGUCGUUGGGCCGGACUACAAGACCAGGACUUCCUGUGAAGAGACGCAUUAUAUUUUAUGCCGGAACUGGAAAGCCCUGAAGAUGUCUCUGAUCGUCUUCACGACCUACUUCUGCACGGUCAGUCCCUGGACCUACUUUCAGGCGUUUCAAACACUGACCAGCCCAUCUGAGCUCAAGGCAGAAGUAGCUCAAGCUCUCAACACAAUCACGUGCGUUCACUUCUGCUCAAACUUUUUUGUCUACGCCAGCCAGAACCGGGACUUUUACGACGUGCUGAAAGAAUACUGCACACGAUUGUGCAAGUGUCGAGACAGACCUAACCAAAUGCGCACCGUGUCUUCCGGUGUCAUGUCAAUGAGUACCCCAGACCAACUCCACAUGUGAAACAGGGUUAAAUGCUGAUACAAUUCUUUUAUUAUUCCUAUGGCAGGUCCAAGGAUUAUUUUUCAACACACUCAUUAUGAGGUACAUAAACCAAUACAUUUUCGCCUUUUAUUUGAUGUGUGGAAGUAAUAGAUCCAGUGAAAAAAAACAACAUAUAAAUGGCAUUUGUUUGACCAAAACACAGGCCACUUGUUCCCAAAAUGAUUAUUCCAUUAAAAUAUUUCUUUAUGUUUAUAUCACAGCAAAUGUCGCUAAUAAAAUGUUCAGAAUGUUUAUUGAU